AAUAAAUAUACUUUAUCUAUAGUCUAAUUAAAUGAUUGUGAAUAUUUGUCCAAAAUUCAAAAUACAUAUUUCGAUAAAUUGCUGAGAUAUGAUUACAUACACAGCUGAAAUACACACACAGAGGCAUCCGAGAUGAUGGGAAGAUGCUGUUCGUCGAUUUCGAUGCCCAAUCCCAGCGAAUUGAAGCCAUUUCAGACCAUCAAUGGAUUUCAGCAGCUAGCUGAAGCUCGCCGCUUCAAGGCAUGGUUCUUGGAUCAGUUUGGAGUUCUACACGACGGGAAGCAGCCAUACCCUGGUGCCAUUACUACAUUAGAAAAGUUGGCAACUUGUGGGGCUAAGAUGGUGAUCAUUAGCAAUUCUUCGAGACGUGCAUCAACAACCAUGGAAAAAUUAAGUAGCCUUGGAUUCAACCCGUCGCUCUUUUUGGGAGCCAUUACCAGCGGAGAGUUAACACACCAGUACCUUCUGAGGAGAGACGAUCCUUGGUUUGCUGCAUUGGGAAACUUCUGCAUUCACAUGACCUGGAGUGACCGAGGAGCUAUAUCCCUUGAGGGCUUAGGGCUCCAAGUAGUAGAAAAGGUCGAAGAAGCUCAGUUCAUUCUGGCUCAUGGUACUGAAGCUUUGGGGCUUCCAUCUGGAGACGCACUUCCAAUGACACUAGAAGAACUGGACAAAGUUUUGGAGCAAUGUGCUGCAAAAAAGAUUCCUAUGGUCGUAGCGAAUCCAGAUUUUGUUACGGUUGAAGCUAGAGCUUUAAGAGUGAUGCCUGGAACAUUGGCAGCCACAUACGAGAAGCUUGGUGGCGAUGUGAAGUGGAUGGGCAAGCCAGGCGAGAUCAUAUAUAAAUCAGCCAUGACAAUGGCUGGUGUGGACGCUGCUGAUUGUAUUGCUGUUGGCGACUCACUCCACCACGACAUAAAAGGCGCAAACAUAGCUGGUAUAUCUUCAGCUCUCACCACUGGCGGCAUCCAUGCAGCUGAACUCGGACUUACUACAUUUGGUGAGACCGCUGCUGAAUCAUCUGUUCAGUCUCUUGCCGUGAAGUAUGAGGCUUAUCCGACAUAUGUGCUUCCCUCAUUUACAUGGUAGCAUCUGUCUCUCUCUGUCAUAUCCGAGCUUCAACCAACUGAUCUUGGGUAAGGACAGUCUUUCCCUUGAUUCUUCAACUAAAUGUGGAUGUUGUCGCAGUUAUUCACAUUUGACGUUGAGAUUAAGUACUUAGUCAGAUAUAGAAGUUCGAAAUCCGAGGUUCUACGUUAUUUACAGAAUAUUUUACCAUUAUGUCAUUUUCAUGGGACGUUGCAGAAACAUAUUGAUAUGUUUUUUGUUUUAAGGUAUAUUAAUAUGUUUUAUGUUA